AUGUCCUCGACCAACCUCACCGUCACCCUCUCCCAUGCCAUCUCCUUCCUGACUUCGCCCCUCCUCUCCUCCUACACCGCGGCAACGAUCAUCAAGCUUCAGUCGGUCCUGGAAGCCAACCUCACCGCGUUGUACGCGCCCACCUGGUCCGUGAAGGAGCCUCUGCGGGGCUCGGCCCGGCGAUGCCUCACCCUCUCGCCAGACUGUCUCCCUCCACGUUCCAUUUACUCUGCCUGUCUCGCCGCAGGUAUCCAGUGGUUCGACUGGAUUGCAGCCCUUGGUGGCCGGGAGUUUGAUUUCUACGUGGACCCCGGAUGCGUUGCCAUCCGAUACACGUCUGGGUCCAAGGGCGCCGCGUCUGGCCAACUGAUCACCGUCUGGGCUGGUGAGGUCGUCGCCCCUGCCCUGCCCACCCCCCGGACUGGCCUCGCCAGCUUCAACGACGCCCAGAACGCCGCCAUCCGCAGAGCCUUCUGCGACAGCAAGACCCUUGCUCAACAACUCCUGGAGGAGGACGACGAAGACGAGAAGAUCUUCAAUAUGAUCGCCGACGAGGUCAGCGGUCCCACACCCGGCGCCGUCUGGGUUCCCCCUAUCAUCACCCAAUUCGCCGACUCGACCCGCUCGUCUUCGCCCCUCUCCAGCAGCUCGGGCUACUCCCGAUGCAGUUCUCGAUCAUCAAAUUCGAGCUCAUCAAGCCUCUCGUAUGGUGGCUCUGAUGUGACUUCCAAUGCGUCAUCCUACGGCUCCUCGUCCCACCUCCACGCCUCUUCAGAACACCGACCCCGACGCGAGAAGCCCAGGGGUUCCCGCGUCUUCGUCGACAGCUCCAAGACGGAGGUGACGCCCUACGACGGCGGCAAGACCACUGUCCUCACAGGUGGUGUCAUGCUUGGUGGCAACCCCAAGGCACAGAAGUCCAGGAAAUCGACUUCUCCUGCCAGCUCCGCAAGCAGCUGGCGCUCUUCCCGAGCUUAA